GAUCCCUACAUUGACAACAACCGUUAAUUUGCCUAGUUAAACCGUCUGUGGUUGAGGUUGCCAUAGCUAGCCGUACUUUACAAUCACGAAACGUGUCUUGUGUUGGAGUAGGCGUUACAGCAGGUCUUGUUUAGGAAGCUAAUGUUGGUCAGCUAGCAUUACCGAGGGCAACAGACUAUCCAGUUAACAUUAGCGGCUGGCCAUUUCACUUUUAUAUGUGAAGUGAUGUUACUAGCUAGCUGAUUUGUGCCUUAUCUUAAUUGCUGAUGUAAACAAAUUCAGAAAUGGCAUCGGGUUUGGAAGUAUUCAAACGAAUCUCAGUAGGCUACUGUACAGAGAACUAAACACGUCCUCGAUUUUAGACAAGGAACUAAAAGAGCUAAGCUAGCGUUUUUGAAGAACUGUUAGUUAGCUUUGACAUUAACAUUAGCUAUCUAGAUAGUUAGCCUACAAUCAGAUCAAAAAUGUCGAGUUCAGCUCUGUUCCAGACCAAAUUAGUAUCAAUCAUGGAGAUACUUGUAAAUUCGGCAGUGGCCGAUAUUUGCAGAUUAGUGGACGACGGUUCUGCUGUUUUGCAUUUCGAAAUUUCUAGAAGUAAAUCAGAAAAUGAGGACCUGAGGUUGAAAUUACAAUUACUGGAAAGAGAGUUGCAAACGGUGAGAAGAGGAAGGGAGAGAUCAUUGAACUCUGUUGGUAUUCAGUGUGUGGACUUCGAUGAACGUAAGGAACUGUCCUUUACGAUUAAACAAGAACACCACAACGGUCUGCAAGAAGAGAAGGAGGAGAGGACAGCUGGAAACAGUACUACUGGUCUAUCACAGGCGAUACAUGGUCAAUUUGAGUGGCAGCACCAUGCUGAAGAUUGGCCUUUACCUGAGCAGUCAGCUAGAACAGACAAAUCAGGUGGCUCAGGUCUUGUAAAGGAUCUUACCAAUAACCAUUGGGAACUUAAUACAAGACAUCACAGGGCUACAAAAACCCUUACUCAGGUCAACAGUCAUCAGCCAGAAAGGCCAGCAGAAGGACACUUUCAAGUCGGAGGGCUGAAGAAGUUGAGAAAGAAUUCUAGAUUAGGAUCUCGAUGUGACGAGACUCACAGAGGAGAGAGCAGUUGGCCCCUGAAGUCUGAGAAUAAAUCUCAUUGUGAGCAGGAUGGCAAAGAUAAUGAGAAACAACCGGAGCUGCAGCAGCAUCAACAGCAGCUGCCUUUAUCUCCUUCAGGGCCCUAUGCUGAUCUAAGAGGUAAGAUGACCUUUCCAUCUGAUGUCUGUGAGGUAGAGUAUGAACUGGAUGACGAGGACUGCAAUCAGGGGGACCAAGGCAAUAUUAACUCUGGACCACAAACAAGACCAAAACAGGUGGAAGAGGGUGAGGGGAGUAGUAACGGACAGGUAGAGCAUGCUCACCCAGACGUUUCACCUAGAAGCCUUUACCAAGUAGCGUCUGACUUGACCUUUGCCCUGCGAGGGGUGGCUGGCGGGGGCAUGCCAGCAGGUUUGGCACCACCAGGCCCAUCGGCUGCUCGUCCACACGUGUGUCCACAGUGCGGGCGUGGCUUUGCCCAUACGCACGUGCUGAAGCGCCACCUGGUGGUCCACUCCGGCCUGCGUCCACAUGCUUGCAGCUUCUGUGGCAAACGCUUCUCUCUGCGCGAUAGCCUGAGGCGGCACCAGCGCAUCCACACAGGUGAGAGGCCCUACGGCUGUCAGCUGUGUGGCAAGCGCUUCACUCAGCGGACGCACCUCAACAUCCACCUGUCUGUGCACACUGGCAUACGACCUUUCACCUGUGUGCACUGUGGAAGGAGCUUCACCCAGACGCAUGUUCUGCGCAGGCACAUGCGGGUCCAUGCAGCCGAGGGGCUGUCAUUUUAUCAAGAAGACUCUUAAAGGAUCGGGCUUUGUGGGGUGGGGUGUUGGGUUCAUACAACUUGUGGCUUAUGGGGUCAUUCUGGACCAAUGUAGCUUUGUAUAAGUAACAGUAACCAACUCUCGUGAAGGUACACAGAUCUUAAUUUCCUUAACCCCAAGAACAUAAUUUUGAUUUGGAUUUAACUUGAAUCUGAACUCAGCUAAACACAGUGUGGGCAUGUCAGAAUGAUGCAUCUGGGGUCUCAUAUAUCAAAGAAUGCACACAUCAUUCUGUAAAUGUGAUCUUGCCUUCCACAUCAUGCAUAUGAGUUACAAGAGGGGUCAUUUCCUUAAACACCUUCAAAUAAACUUGGAUGGUACACGGUCUCCCUUUAUGUUGUAUUAUGGUGUGACUGGUAAGUACCAUCAUUAUAGGCAGUAUGUUGACAUUGAGUUCAGGCAGUAGAAUUCAGAACUGUGUAGGAAGUAGCAUUUCUUUCCGUAAAUUCCAAACAUUUCAUGAAAACAAUCAUGCACAUGUACAUGGUUAGCACACUGAACUGUGCAUGUGCAUACUGAUAGGUGAGGCCUCUGGUAAACAUACAUGGAGACUUUUUUUGGUGCUACGACGUCCCUGUCCUAUUAAAUAUAUUAUGACUGUAAGUGUGUGGUUUGCUGAAGUCUCUGUAAAUCUUGUUGAGGAUAAUGACUUUAUGAUAAUUAAUGUUGUGAAAAUGUUUAUGAAAUGGUAGUAAAUACAAAUAUACUUUUUGCUGUGGA